UUUGUUUACGACAGAAUCCAGAAUCGUCUUCGUCUUGGACUUGGAUUCAAGACAAGGUGUCAAUUAUCCUUACCGCUCAAAAUUAAAUUAGAAAUUUGAUAUUUGUAACUAUAAUUAUUAUGUGCAUGGAUCCGAAGUUUCCCUGACUGUGUCUAAAUUUCUGCUUCCAUAAUGCCCGGCUCUGUAUUAGAUGUGUUCAAGCACCUUUCUAGUGGCUCACUUGAUCUGGCCACUGGAGCUGCAGUUCAAAUAUUAAAAAAUACUCCUGAUUUUAAAAAUUCCAAGGAUGGCUUAUCGGCGGAUUGCGAAUAUAUUUUGAUGAGGCUUAUCAGAGGAAUGGCAUCUGCUGAAUUAAAAACAAAGACAGGGUUUUUCUCCCUACUGGUAACUUUAUUGCGAUUGCACAAAGGAAUUACAUUGGAUCAUGUUUUUCAAAUCUUGGAAAGCAAAUUGGAAAUCGGCAUCCAUGAUUCCAGUCGAGAAAAGAGUGAUGUAAUAUCAGCUAGAAUUUUGGUGUAUGGUGCUAUUAUUCGGUCUGGCCUUUUUGAAAGAUGCGUGGAAGAACAACAAGAAAAGAUCUUGGAAACUCUCUUAUCCUUGUCCAGAAGGAAAAGUUAUUUUGUGCCACUGACAUUCUCAUUUUUGUUGGAUCUGAUACAAAAGGUUGAUGCUGCACAUUUUGAGCAUAUGUAUUGGCCACUUUUGGAAUCUUAUUGCAAUGAAGAAAUCUCAAAACACUGCAUUGAGUCGCUUUCUUGUAUUUUGUUGAGUAACAAAAGGUUUCCAGAAAUAGUUCAGGCCAGAGUGGAUCUUUCUUUUCUUCUGAAUGUUGAAACAAUGCCAGUUAUUGCCCGGAAACUCGCUGUUAUUCCUAUGUCAGAAACACUAAAAGCUUUCUUGAAUUUACUGUCUGAAUUCAUUUCCAUUAAAAGCAAUGCUGAGGAGCUUCUGUGCGCAUUCUGGAAUGAUGGUAUUGAAAAAGGAUUUAAAGCUCAUUUUGAGAACAAUGAGACUCCCUUUCUUUUUGUCAAACAUUUCAUGGAGCAUCUGAAAAAUCCUUCCUUGGUACUAGUAUUCUUAUCUACACAUUUUGUAAAAGCGAUGACUCAAGAUGGUGCCUCUCCUAUCAUCAAAAAAUUUUUACUGACUUUUUCAAAUUACAUCAAGAAUAAUGCGGAAAAAUUUAAUGAAAAGACUUUAUUCAAUAAUCUUCAGGCUCUCUCAGAAGAUCCAAAAAAUCCUUUUGUCGAUAGUAAAAGUGGCUCCCAGUUUUUCGUCACACUCGCAGUGCUUUUAAAGGAGAAACAUGCAAAAAAGUUAGCAAAAUCCUAUCAAAACGUAUUGCAUGGAUUGUCUGAAAAAACUGUGAAUGGUCGAAUUGUGAAAACCACAUGGUCAUCCAAAACAAGACUGAAUGCAGCCACGAUUCUGUUGAAAAUGUCCAGUUUCAAAAGCUGCAGUGAAGAUAUUGACUGGCAGGCAAAGCAGCUGCAGUGCGUUCUCUCCACUGCAGUGUGCAAAGUGUCAGGGAAAGCUGCUGAAGACCACUUUCGAGAUGAGCUCAAACAUUUGUUCUACGCUGCUCUGCCAAAACCAACAUCAGCCAAUGAGCACUAUAAAGUCCUCCUUGUUCUCGCAAAGUUCAUGGAUAGUGAAAUUAAGAAGGGCAAUCUACAUACCCCACUUUCAAGUAAUGAACAGCCUGUUUGGAACGCCAUUCUGGAGAAAUCAAAAAGUCUAGAAAAGAAGAUUAGUAAAUCAGACACUGAUGACCUGGCGGACAUUGUGUGUUUGUCUCUGAGUUUGCAGCUGGCUUUUCUCUUAUUUUCUAAAAAUUCUCUUGCUGUUGAGGCCAUUCAGAAACUGAAUGACUAUUAUGACUUACUGAAGGCAAAAUCAUUGGUGGGAAGUGACAUGCUAGAUGCAUUUGUAAGUCUCCUGUUGGACCUCCUGUCAUUAGAAAGUGUUCAAGUGAGGCAAAUGGUGAACAAAAUUUUUGCGUCAAUAAGCGGCCAACUUAAACCUGACACGCUUGUAAGAAUUUUGAAAAUUCUAGAUCCUGAAGAUGACGGCGAACUAGACGAAGAAAGCUCAAGCAGCGAAUCAGAAGCAGAAGAGCCCAAAGCUCCUAGUAAAAGUAAGAAAAUCAAAGGAAAGAAGCAAGAGAAUGGAGAAGAGGAUGAAGAUGAAGUUGAAGACAAAGAUGAUGAUUCUGAUACUAGUGAUGACGAUUCAAUGAGUGAGGAAGAAGAUGGCGUCAACAAAGAAACGGAAACUGAUCGAUUGAGGCAAGCAAUGAAUGCAGCUCUGGGAGAUAAUGCUAACUACACUGAUACGGAAUCAAUUGACUUGGAUGAUUUAGACGAAGAGACGGGUGAUUUACUGGAUGAAAGACUGGGACAAGUUUUCAAACUGUUCCGAAAACCCUCCCGGAAAAAGAAGAAAAAAGUUCAAUCUCCUGAAGACAGGGCUGUUUCUCAUUAUCGGAUGAGGAUUUUAGAUUUACUCGAGACGAUAAUAGAUGAGAAUCCCUCACUCUUUGCAGCUGUGAAUAUUCUGAACACACUAGUUAUGCUGUAUGAAUCAAGUAAAGUGGAUAAACUUCAAGAGGCUUUAAGUAAAAGAGUCGUCUCUUGUUUGAAAAAUAUAGUCAAUCUGAAGAAAUUUAGCAAUUUUGCUGAUGUCGAAGAAGCCUAUCUGGCUAGUACUCUUGAAGCACUUUUGGAAAGGCAUAAUAUUUUACCCAACCCAGGUGAUUACUACUGUUUCAUUAUUCGAGCGUCGCAACAGUUAUCAAAAUCUGGUCAAAACCAAGGAGAUGACUCCUUUACUACUCUGAGCAUCUUGAAACGAGCUGUUAAAGACUUUUUCACUAAAAAGAAUAGCUUUUACAAAAUGGACAUGUUUUUACCAAUUCUGAACCUGCAGUGGGAUGGAUUGCUGGAACUUAUUCCGAACAUUGCGACCUACGCUUAUUCUAAAGAUUCAGGAACUGUUUUUAAACAAGCAUCUGGUUGUAAGAUGAUAGAUAUGUUCUACAAGAAUAAUAGAAUGGCCUCUCAAAUUCCAAAAAAUAGUUUGUGCUCUGGUCAAAAUAGUCCUAAAAAGAAGAAGAAAAAAGGAAAAAUGAACGCCUAGUUUUAAAAAGUGUCCUUAAAAUUACAGUUAUCACGUUUCUGGAUUAUCUAUCAUUGACAUCAAGUCCAUUUUUAUAAUAGACCUGCCAUUUACACUUGAACAUACAAGGACUGUAGUGCAAGCAAUGUUCUACCACCUUUGACUCUAGUGAGUCGGUUGUGCCAAUCACAGAAUUAUUUUAAUGAUCGCAGUUGACUUCUAGCCUCAGGAAAAACUGAGUCAUGAAUAUCAUCAACAAUGGUUUUCACUACACUGCAGGAUGACGACCAUAUUUUUUUAAGAGACAGUGUAUCCUUUAAUAAUGAACUUCAAAACUUAGUGUUUGGAUAGUCAUGAUGUUUUCUCUGAUCUAUAAGAAUUAACUAUAUCUGAACUUGACUCUCUGACCAGCAAUAGUUACUUAGUAAGCAGUGAAGCAGAAUUUGAUGUGAUGAAAACUUAGAUAGAGUAAGUGAUUUUGCCACGUGCGUGAAAUUUUUAUUACCAAAGCAAAAAGCUCAUUCGAGCACAAUAUUCCCCCAUUGAGAAAUGCUGUUUGGAGCAAAACUAGUUAUGACCAAUCAGAAAGGCAACCGCAGAUGCAGUUUAACAAGUGUUGCUGCAAACAGCAUUUCUCUAUGGGAAAAUAUCGUGCUCGGAUGAACUUUUUGCUUCUGUAAUGAAAAUUUCAUGCACAUGACAAAAUCACUAAUUCGACGUGCGUCAAACUGCAAGCAGUUCACAUUGAGAAUUGUUGAACUGAUUUUCAAAAAAAGAUAAUCAAAUUUGUCCAUAUUAAAAUUUAUGGAAAAUUCCCACUUGCAAAAUCAAGUUGAAUGAAAACUGCAUGGAAGAUGGUCAAGGUGGUCUAGGUUGGUUACCCAAGCAAUAAAGAGCGUAGAUGGUGAAAGUCACAAAGCAUUUAUUGCAAUGUAAGACGUUGCAGAUUUCUUUUAAUGUUUUAUUUUUAAUAAGAAAACAAAUGAACGCUAUUUUUCAAAAUCUAAGCUGAUUUUUUCCAUCUCCUAGAAAAUAUUCUGCAAAAGUUUCUAAAAAUUUUCUAUUUUUCUUUUUUUUUCUUUUUUUCAUAUCUUAAAAUAAAUCGCAGGAUAUUUAUCAACUUGGCUGUCAAAAUGCAAGCUUUGUGACUUUCGCCAUCAGUUUUUGUCAAAAGCGUUUGAUGUUUCGUUACUUGUACCUGUGUUAGGUGUUCUCUUUUCAAUGUUAUACUGUCUCAAGUUAUUUUUGGAAAUCGAUAUCUUGAAUCAAAUUGAAACUAUAUUUACUGAAUGCUAUUUUCUAUCUUGAGAAAGCUUGAAGAAAAUAAAAAAAGGAGCCAAAGGAGGUUUUUACCAAAAACUGCAAUAUUAAAUAAAAAUUAUGUGGUGAUAGCGUUGACACUUAUGAUCAUAAUCUUAAUUAAAAUUCCGUAAAUUUGUACCAACUGGAGGUCCUAAUUGGUACCAUCAGUUUUAAAAAGAAAAAUAUAUUUUUCUCCCGAUGAAA